UCUAUUUCUGUCAGUAUUUUUCUGUCUUUCUUGUUGUUCGGUUGUGUUUUCGUUAUUUCCGUGUUUUAUUUGUGAGGACUCUGUGUUAUUUGUGUUUAUUAUCUAAUGUAACAUAAGUGCCUGACAAAUUUUAUAAAAUGCCGGUGUUUCACACGAAGAUAAUUGAAAGCAUAUUGGAACCUGUUGCACAGCAGGUAUCCAGGCUAGUGAUCCUACACGAAGAAGCAGAAGAUGGCAACGCCAUGCCGGACCUGGCGCGGCCCGUGCAGGCCGUGUCGCUCGCCGUCAACAACCUGGUCAAGGUGGGUCACGAGACCAUCGAGUCUUCAGACGACCCGAUCCUCCGUCAAGACAUGCCGGGAGCCCUGCGGCGCGUGGAGACAGCCGCCACGCUGUUGCAGCAGGCUUCUGAUAUGCUGCGCGCUGACCCAUACUCCGGACCUGCGAGAAAAAAGCUGAUAGAAGGGUCCAGAGGAAUUUUACAAGGAACAUCGGCAUUGCUGUUGUGCUUUGAUGAGUCUGAAGUUAGGAAAAUCGUUAAGGAAUGUAAAAAGGUGCUAGAUUACCUGGGCGUCGCGGAAGUAAUCGAUACCAUGGAGGACUUGGUUCAGUUCCUGAGGGACAUCUCACCAGCGCUCUCCCGUGCUGCCAGAGAGGUGGCAGCGCGAGCUUCUGAGCUAACGCACCCGCCUCACGCGGAUACGCUGACGCGCUGUCUCGAGAGCGUCAAGCAGCUGGCGCCCGUGCUUAUCUGCGCCAUGAAGAUAUACAUACACAUACUCACUGAGGGUGGCAAAGGUAUUGAAGAAGCAGCCGAGAACAGAAACUACCUCGCUCAAAGAAUGGCAGAUGAAAUUCAUGAAAUCAUUCGGGUGUUACAGCUGACGUCAUACGUGGAAGACGGUGGCGAGAAAGACAACAUCGCUGUCCUGAAAGCCCUUCAGUCACAGAUACACAGCAAAAUGGCCGCGGCGCACGAAUUUCUUAAUGACCCGUCGGCGCUGCGCAACAGCGGCGGCGAGCGCGCGCUGCGCUCUGUGCUGACGUCCGCGCAGCGCGCCGCCGAGCACCUCGCGCCGCACCACGCCGACGCCGUGCGCCGCACCGUCAGGUCCGGAGGCAUAAACGCUGAUCACUUAUGUGACGAAAGACAGUUUGGACGAGGACGGGAAUCUAAGGCAUUAAACUUAGCGGCAGACUUGCGGUCACAAUUGAAUGAAGUGGACUCGAUCGUGAACGAGGGAGUCAGGGAUGCUGAGAAGCAGGGUGGGAAAACUAUGCAGGCCAGGUUAGAGACAGCUCACAAAUGGCUGCUUCACCCGUCCGCCGAUCCGCAGACGCGCCUCGAAGGUCAGAAGGCUAUCAAUAGCAUAGUUUCGCAGGGACAGCGGAUUGCGGACGGUCUUCAAGGGCGUGAAAAGGCAGAGAUUCUUCAGCUUUGUUCAGACGUACAGCGGUUGUCUGACAAACUGGCUGACUUGUGUAUGAGCGGCAAAGGAGAUACGGAAGAAGCGAGGGCCAUCACUAGGGAAUUGACUGACAAACUGCACGAGCUGAAGCGCGCCAUGGAGCGAGCGGUUGUCAACCGUGUUGUGGAGGAUUUCAUCGACGUCGCUGCGCCGCUCCGACAUUUCACUGAAGCUGUCAACGCACCUGAAGGCACGCCGGGCCGCGAGGCCAACUUCCAGUCGACGGCGGCGGCGCUGGCGGCCUUCAGCGCGCGCGCCGCCAACGCCGCGCACCUCGUGGCCGCCGGCGCCGGCCACAACAAGCGGCUGGCCGACCAGCUGCUGCAUAAUGCACAACAGGUUGAGAAACUUUCGCCUCAACUUAUCGCAGCUGGAAAAAUUCGUCUUAAUUAUCCAGACAGCAAGGUGGCGGAAGAGCAUUUCAACAAUUUGAAGAAUCAAUACUCGGACGCGGUACUGCGUGUGAGAGAUCUCUGCGACCAGGCUGUCGACCCACUGGACUUUGUUCGCACUGCAGGGGAACUCAUGCAGAAGCACACCUAUUUAUGCGAGGAUGCUAUUCGAAACAAUGACUCACAAAAGAUGGUCGAUAACACGUCAGCUAUUGCUAGGCUAGCGAACCGCGUGCUGCUGGUGGGCGGCGCGGAGCGGGACAACACGGAGGACGCGGAGUUCGCGCGCGCGCUGGCCGCGGCGCACGGCCGCCUGCAGGCCGCCAUCCCGCCCGCCGUGCACCGCGCCAAGGCCGUGGCGCUGGGGGACGCCGCGCAGGCGCCGCACUGGCGCAGCGCCAACGCAGAGAUCAUCAGCGCAGCAGGCGACGUGGAGACGGCGCUGGGGCGGCAGUACGCGCCGCCGCCGCCGCCGCCGCCGCAGCUGCCCGCGGCCCUCAGCAAGCUGCACGUGAGCGAGCCCGCGGCGCCGCCGCGCCCGCCCCCGCCCGCCGCCAGCGCCGCGCCGCCGCGCCCGCCGCCGCCCGCCGACACUGACGACGAGGGCGAAGAUAUCUUCAGGCGCCAGCCGCAUCCCAGCCAGCCUAUCUUGGUGGCAGCUCAUAACCUGCACAAGGCGGUGCGCGAGUGGUCGUCGAAGGACAACGAGAUCAUCGCGGCCGCCAAGCGCAUGGCCAUCCUCAUGGCGCGCCUCUCGGAACUCGUGCGCUCCGACUCUAAAGGCAGCAAACGUGAGCUGAUCGCAACAGCGAAGGCCAUCGCCGAAGCUUCCGAGGAGGUGACGCGGCUCGCCAAGAAACUCGCCAUGGAGUGUACCGACAAACGUAUCCGUACUAACUUACUGCAAGUGUGUGAGAGGAUCCCUACCAUCGGCACGCAGCUUAAAAUCCUCUCAACUGUCAAGGCAACGAUGUUGGGCGCACAAGGAAGCGAAGAAGACCAAGAGGCGACGGAGAUGUUGGUUGGAAAUGCACAAAAUCUGAUGCAAAGUGUAAAGGAAACGGUGAAGGCAGCCGAGGGCGCGAGCAUCAAGAUCCGCACGGAGCAGGGCGGGUACAAGCUGCGCUGGGUUCGCCGCUCGCCCUGGUACCAGAUCUAAAACUAGUCCUCCACCGACCAGGCUCAUACCUGCCUUGAUAUAAAUACUGCCAAUACACAUAUUAAUUACAUAACGUACAAUUGAUACAUUGUACCAAGACAAGCGUGCCACAUCAUGAGAGAUAUUUAGUACAUAAUCAUGGAAUAAAUCUGUAAUUCUGUGAUCAAGAAUCUUUCGUUCGCAACCGUGACUUGAUGAUUUCUGGUUCCUCCAGAUUCGUAUAGUAAACCAACUUGCGUUACUUAUUCACUAUUAUAUUUGUCAUGUAAUUUAAAUAUUAGUUUUCUGUCGUAUGGGUUGUGAGUUCUACCCCCGCAUAUCUAAGCCGCCGGACUACACACUUACUGAGGUUAAUAAAUAGCCGGGUCCGACUGCUUAACAUGUCCUCCGCAGCAAGGAUCAAUUUACUUUCGGGUGAUCAGUCUGUAGUGUCCUAUUCACGUCCUAUCCAAAUUAGGGAUCACAAAAUAAAUGUUAGUGAGUUGAUAUCAUAUCAGUUAAGUACAUUCAGACUCACCACCAGGACAUAACUAGGCCGCAACGCUAAGUUCAUACAUGUAAAGUACAAUUUACAUUGCCCGUAGAUUGUGUUGUCGGUUAUUAUGGCAUAGAGUAAACUCUUGGAGUCUUCCUACAAUAUGUAGAGGAUUUAUUUAUAAAUGAUAAAAUAUUUUAUGUAUUACUUAUAGAAUUCUGUGUUGUUUAUAAUAUUUAUAUACAUACGCAAUAUCAAAAUAUGCCUUUUAAUGUUAGGUUAAUGAUUGAGCUUCCUAAAAUACACUUGAUUAAUAUAUGAGUCAUUUAAAAUAUGUUUAUUUGUUUAUACAUUGGAUGAUAUUUUUUUGUCGUAUCAAAUCGUACAAUUUUCAAAUCCUAUUAUAUUAAAAUUUGAAGGCCCCAGAUAGCACAGAUUAGAAAAGUUUUAUUUUUUACAACGAAUAAUUUAUGUUAAUAAAAUAUAAGAGUGUGAUUUGAGAAGUCAGUGCCAUGUGUUAGUGCUUUAUAUUGUAAUAUUAGAGUAGACUUAGUUCUUACCGCAUAAUAUUAAAUCUAGCAAUAUUAAAUACAUUUAAUAUUAGUCUGUUAUUUGGUGGCAAUAUUUUGAACGUAAGCGAGCCAGACUAUCUACUCCGAUUUACUGAAGUUAUCAAAUGAUGAAUACACUACCGUAUAUGGGAUAAGCGUUGUGAGGUAGGUAACUCUUAUUACCAAAUGUUAAAUGACAGUACCUUUAAAUGCCUUCCGAUCUUAUUACAAUACAGGAAAAACAUAUAUGUACGUAGUUCUAACAUAUUUAUAAAUAAUUGGAUCAUACUCUAGGUACACAGAGCUGAAAUAUGUAACUAAUAUUCCUCAAUUUACAACACUACACGUUAUUAUAGUACUUUAAUAGUGUGCCUAAAUAACAGUUUUAUAAUAAUUAAGAUAUAAUGAUAUAUUUUUGUAUGCGAGAGCGGUUGAAUUUGCGAACGAAUAUAAUAUAAAAUAAUAAACUAUUAGCUAAUAAUAACUGUAAAUAACUUUAUUUAUGUUGUGGUACUAAAUUGUGUGCUUAUUUUAUUAAUUCGAAGUUUUUAUAUGAUUUGUAAUAAUUUUACAUUUUGUUAUUCAUGUAAUAAGUUAGGUUAUUCUUAUUUAUUCUAAUAAAGAUUUUAUUUAA